AACAUCAAUAACACCCAACAAUAACACCAACUUACAUAUAUCUAUUGUCCUUGCAAUUUUCAUCUUUUUCAAGAGUAAACAUGUCAAGUGCUCAACAAAACUUCAAUGCAGGCCAAAACAGAGGCCAAACACAGGCUAAGGCAGAAGAUUGGAUGCAAUCCACAAAAGAAUCAGCCUCAGCGGCUGCAGACAGGGCCCAUGCAGCUGCUAACACAACAGGGCAGACUGCUGAACAGAACAAGGAAGAAGCUGCUGGGUUUAUCCAGCAGACUGGAGAGCAAGUGAAGAACAUGGCUCAAGGUGCUGUGGAGAGUGUGAAGCACACACUUGGGAUGGACAAAAAGUGAAACUAGCUGGUUCAUUCAUGAAAGUUCUAGCCAUUCCUUCAAUACAAAUGAAGUGAAAUAAUAUUUAUGUUCUUUUUUUUAUAGGGUCAUGCUUUUUCCUAGUUGUUAGGAAUUAGCAAACGUAUGUUUUUGAUUAUGUUGCUUCAUUGAAUGUCGACAAUUGUAAUAAAAGGAGAAAUUCUAUUGUCACAUAACUUUGUUAAGUCUUUGAUUUACAAUCCAAACCCAUUCUAAGCAAAGUACAAAC